AUGCAUAAGAAGUUUAAUGGUUAUCCCAAACCUUCUAAUCUUUUCUUGUUAUGUGCUUCCACUUAUGGGAAGCAGAGAUGCAAGGCAGUCAUGAAGAAAGUGUCUCAUGAUCCAAUUGCAACAAUUGAGGGCAUCCGCCGUAAUUUUGCUGAAUGGUCAGCUACUCAUUCGAUUUUGCAGGAUGAUUUCAUGAGGCAUAGAGAGGGUGUUAACUGGAUGCCUCUUCCUCCUGGUUUUGUGAAGGUUAAUUUUGAUGAUUCUUGGAGUGCUACACAGUCUGGGUGUGGUUUGGGUUUGGUAAUUAGGGAUGGGAAUGGGGCUUGUUUAGCUGGAGCAAGCUAUGUUAGUUCUCAUAACUCAGUUGUGGAAGCUAAGGCUAUGACUGCUUUGGUUGGGCUCCAAAAGGCGGCAAAUAUGCAUCAAAAGAAGGUUGUGAUGGAAGGUGACUGUUUGGAGGUGAUUGAUGCUCUCAAGGAUGACUCUUGUGCUCACUGGAGGUCUUUCAUCAUUUUGAAAAAGAUUGUUCAGCUCAGUUUGGAUUUUGAUGAGGAUUUGUGGAAUUGGAUUCCGCGUGACACUAAUCGUUAG